UGGCAUCAUUGACAAACAGGCAGUCAUGUGGAAUAGCUGCAUGUCCAGGUGCUGUCCACUGUCUCCUGGUCAAACUAAAGGUUGGACCGAUGCUGUGAACGUCUCAAUAACAGCAUAAAUAAAGACCUUUCAUCAAUGGCCAUGCUGUGGUCAAGGAUCUCUGCUGCUCUGCCUCUUAAUGAGGAACAGUUUCCACUGCAGUUCAAUGACAAAGUGGAAUCAAGUGUUCUGGAAAUGUUGAAGCGAUCCAGGCACCAGCUGUACAGCGACACUACGAGCGCCAGCCGAAUGCUUAACGCUCAGAUCGUUUUGGAUUUUUCGUGGGAGAAACUCAACACGGGAACCUGGCGCCACGUGGACAAAGAGUGGAGACGCGUUUAUUCUUACGGCUGCCUGUUCAAAGUGGCCGCCCUGUGUCGGGAAGAGCCGUCAGCAGAUGAGGUCUUGCAAGCUUUAAAGACUUGUGACAUGGGUUUACUCAUGGGUGCAGCCAUCAUGGAUAAUAUACUUCAGGUUAUUGUUCAGAUUCUGCAGAGUGAAGUCAGGGAAUCCACUAAAGAGGAAGAUGAAAGUGAACAUGCUCAGGUCAAGAGAAUAAAGAUCGAGUGCCCACAUGUUCCUGUCAUCAAAGAAGAGUUGGCAGUUCCCAGGAUAAAGUGUCCCUCGCUGGAGAGCUUCAACACAAAUUACCUACUCCCCCUCAAACCAGUGAUUUUAGAAGGAAUCAUUGACCACUGGCCCGCCCUCAACGAACAUCCCUGGAGCAUAGAAUACUUAAGAUCCGUGGCUGGUUGUCGGACUGUUCCCGUUGAGGUGGGAACGAGGUACACAGACGAGGAAUGGUCACAAACACUGCUUACGGUCAAUGGAUUUAUUGAUCGAUACAUUUUAAAUAAAGUCAAAAUCAACCAGGACGGAGCAGCUGUGGGUUACCUCGCACAACAUCAGCUUUUUGAUCAGAUACCAGAGCUGAAGGAAGACAUCCGCCUCCCUGAUUAUUGCUGCCUUGGCGAUGGAGACGAAGAUGAUAUUACUGUAAAUGCGUGGUUUGGGCCUGGAGGUACAGUGUCUCCUCUUCACCAAGACCCUCAGCAGAACUUCCUGGCUCAGGUGAUGGGAAGCAAAUACAUCCGCCUAUAUUCCCCAGAGGACACAGACAAGCUGUACCCUCAUCAAUCCCAGCUCCUUCACAAUACCAGUCAGGUUGAGGUGGAGAAUCCAGACACAGAGCGGUUCCCGGAGUUUGCCAAGGCUCCAUAUCUUGAAUGUGUGUUACAACCUGGCGAAGUGCUCUUCAUCCCUGUCCAACACUGGCAUUAUAUCCGAUCCUUAGAGCUCAGUUUCUCUGUCAGCUUCUGGUGGUCAUAACUGCAGAUUAAUAAUAAAAAAAUAUAUUUUUGUAGAGAAAAAUUUGAGUUUUUAAACAAAGGCAAAUUCUUACAAAUCUAAGGACAGAUCACAGAAACCUUUGAUUCAUGAACAAUGAACACACUCUGCUGAGUGAUUAGAUUAAUUGCGCUGCUGAUGAUUGCAACAACAGCUAUUGUGUAGAAAGCCAGCGGCAGGAAGAAAGAACAAAUAAAUGAGCAGUUACGACUGUUUGUGUUCAUUUCAACCUGCAUAUAAUUUACAGAGGGUUGUUAGUCAUCUAAUUUGAUGGGAUAUGUUUCUCUUUUCAAAUUGGCUUAUUUAAUUGUGUUCUCAACCUUAUUCCUACAAAUAUCCUCAGAUGUGUGAUUUCCAUAAUUCAUGGAAAUGAGGCAAGUCUUCAAAUUUAAUAAGCGAGUGAGCCACAGGUACAGAAAUGCCGUAAUAAACACGAAUCUCUGGUUAAACUGACAGUCUGAGGCAACCAAGCAGGUCACCGAUGAAAAUUAAUAAAUUAAAUGAAUUAAUCUCCUGGGCACAGACAGACUUUCAAAUUAAAAACGUCUCAUUGGUUAAGUACCGACAGUAUGACUCUUGUUUGAGCACCAAAAACACAACACCUGACUACAAAGACAGCAGCACUUCAUUUCAGAGACCAGACCUCUGACAAGCUCCGGUCGUGUAUCCCGUAGGUCCAUUUCCAUCAAGUCCUCUAAUUAGAACCAUGAAGUAUGUGUGGAUGUGACAGAAUGAAGUAGAUCAACACUGAUGUACACAUUUGAUCUGCAUUUCAGCCAAAUUCACACGCAGCUAAAGCAGCGUUGUGGGAAAUCAAGGCUGCACAAGGCAGAAGGUGAAGAGUUGUGUGGGAAUAUUUAUGAAACAGCUCAAGAAAAUGUAAUCAAAUCCACUGUGUGGAAUGCGCUGCAAAUGUAAAACAUUUAUGAAUGAAUUUGAAAUCACUGAUCUCUAAAGGUGACGAGUAUGUGCUCACAAAUGCAUAUUAAAUUAAAUGUAUGUGCGUACCUCGGCUUCCGUAAUAGUGCAGCAGUUAAAUCUGCUUUGUGUUUACUUAUUACGUGUUAUGAUUUCCAAUUGGGAAGCAUUGUUGGAAUAGCUAAUGGCUGCUAUGUUAGACAUGCCAGUGUUCAGUUAAUAGACUUAUCCAAGCCUAGUUACUUUCCUUACAAGGUUAUCUUUCUAAACCAAUAAUAUGAACCCAGCCAGAAUUUAAUUCUGUGAGUAAAUGCUGUAUACUUCACUUAGCCCAUCAGUGCUUUGUUGUUGUCAAGUAAGUGGCACAAUUGACUUAAGAUCACACAAAACUGCUUACUCUCAUUAUAAUGUAAUCAAUACUCAAUUACCAGUGAAGUAAUGUGGGACCUCUGGGCCUAUAACCCUUUCUCUUCCACCUAGACCCUCUCCCCAUGCUCCUGUUUUGAUUAAUGGCUUUAUAGAUUUUUAAAUAAAUCUGGCGAAUCAGGAUUAAAUCCAGGAGAUUUAUCUUGUUUUGUGAUACAAUAAAGUGACUAUUGGAUGUG